AUAAGUGAAAGAAACUAGCAUAUUUUAACCAUACUAUAGCCUUCCUAGUUUAAGUUAUUAGUAAGCCAUUAGUAUGUAUUCCACAUUACGAAGGCUAGUGUUCCUCGUUUUGGAGAUGGAAGGUUGAGAGCUAUGCAUACUUUAACGGACCUCUUUGCAGCACUAUUUAACCAAAAACUAAAAUACUUCAGUCACACACUGCCAGCAUAAACCGGCUUUUAUUUAUAGCUGUACUUUGAAAAACUUCCGGGUGGCAGCCGACGGAAGAGUUUGUUUGGAAGCUUGCAUUCUGAUUCUAGCUGAGGCAGCUUCCCACACUUGAUCACAAUGACAAGAGUUAUAGCUGUACUUCGUGGUGUUAUGUAGUAUAGCAUAUGGUUAUGACUUUGAAAACGUGCACGAAGUGACAGUGGUUGUUGGUUUGAGUGAUAAAGUUAUAUUUUCCUUUGUUCUGUAAAAAAGGAAGUUAAAAUCAGACUGUUAACUCAAGAGGUUGGAUCCAAGGCAAGAUUUAAGAUGGCAUCACUGGAGAACUGGGUUAAUGAUCAACUACAUGAGAUUCUUGGGCUCAGUGACAAGUAUGUGGCCCAGUUCCUCAUCGGGACAUCAUUGCGCAGCUCCAGCAGUGAUGAUUUUAUCCGUCGUCUAGAAGAUACAGGAACUAUAGAUAUUGAUCAACGGGUGAGAGUCUUUGCAGAGGAGCUUUGGAAUAAGGCACCUAGGAAGCGGGUGGUAGAACGACCAUCUCGGGUGGCUGAGCGAGAAGCUAUUGCCUUGCAAAAAAAGAAUAUGUCUUAUACCUUGCUAGAGGACAGCGAGGAAAGUGAAUCUGAGAAAAUUAAAGUUAAGCACCGCAAAGAUGAAAAGAAACGAAAGCACAAGCAUCUUCGAAAAAGGGAGUCUUCUCACUCCGACAGUGAGCCAGAAAACAAAAUACAGUCCAAAUCUAUGUCUCCUACAAGGAGGAAUUCUGAGUCUGAAGAUGAGUGGGAAAAAGAAGAAAGGGAGCGUAUUAAAGACUUGGAGGAAAGGGAUGCCUUAGCAGAGAGACUGAAACAGAAAGACAAAGACAAAACAAGAAACAUAGUGGAAAGAUCAGAUAAAAAGGCAUAUGAAGAAGCUCAAAAACGAUUGAAACUGGCAGAAGAGGAUCACAAGAAAAUGGUUCCAGAGCUUCGUAAGAAGUCCAGGAGAGACUACCUGACUAAGAGGGAGCAGGAAAAGCUAGAAGACUUGGAGGCAGAGAUUGUAGAUGAUGAGUAUCUCUUCUCUGAAAUGCAACUAACAGCUAAGGAGAAAAGAGAACUGGAGUACAAAAGGAAAGUCCGUGACUUAGCCCGAGAGUACAAGAAGGCAGGUGAACAGGAAAAGAUGGAGAAGAGUAAUCGGUAUUAUAUGCCUGAGGAGAUACGCAAUAAGCAAAUUCCUGACCGCUAUGAAGAGCCAAUAGCGGAUGACAAAUUUGCUCCACGAGAUGAGCAAAAGCGAUGGGAGGAGGAGCACAUGGGAGCAGCAGUGCUACGCUUUGGAGCUCGAGACGCCCGAGAGCACAACAAGCAGAAGGAGUACGAGUACGUAAUGGAGGAGGAUGAGAUGAUUCAUUUUGUCAGCUCUGCCAAAAUAAAGGGGACUGUAGAAAAGGCAGAUAAGAAGGAGCUCUCAGAAGCAGACAAACAGAAGCUGUCAAUACAGGAAGUGCGGAGAAGUCUGCCUGUUUAUCCAUACCGGGAGGACUUGCUGGCAGCCAUUCAUGAACAUCAGAUCCUGAUCAUUGAAGGAGAGACUGGAUCAGGAAAAACAACACAGAUCCCACAGUAUCUUCAUGAGAGUGGCUUUACCAAAGGAGGUAAGAAGAUCGGGUGUACACAACCCAGAAGAGUGGCAGCUAUGAGUGUCGCUACACGUGUCUCGCAAGAAAUGGGUGUCAAGCUUGGAAAUGAGGUUGGCUACAGCAUUCGAUUUGAAGAUUGCACUUCAGAGAGAACAGUGUUAAAGUACAUGACAGAUGGAAUGCUGCUUCGGGAGUUCCUUACUGAACCAGACUUGGGUAGUUAUAGUGUAGUUAUCAUUGAUGAAGCCCAUGAACGUACAUUACAUACAGACAUCCUGUUUGGACUCAUCAAAGAUAUUGCCAGAUUCCGCUCUGACUUGAAAGUUCUGAUCGCUAGUGCUACUCUGGAUACAGAGAAGUUUUCUGCUUUUUUUGAUGAUGCCCCCAUUUUCCGCAUUCCUGGACGCAGGUUUCCUGUAGAUAUCUUCUAUACAAAGGCACCAGAAGCUGACUAUCUAGAAGCAUGUGUGGUGUCAGUUUUACAAAUUCAUGUGACACAGGAGCCAGGUGACAUCCUUGUUUUUCUCACAGGACAGGAAGAAAUAGAGGCAUGCUGUGAAAUGUUGCAAGAACGUUGUCGACGCCUUGGAUCCAAAAUUGCUGAGCUCGUUAUCCUACCAAUUUAUGCCAAUCUCCCAUCAGAUAUGCAGGCCAAGAUCUUUGAACCCACUCCGCCAGGUGCCCGAAAGGUUGUUGUGGCCACAAAUAUUGCAGAAACGUCUCUGACAAUUGACGGAAUCAUCUAUGUAAUUGACCCUGGCUUCUGCAAACAAAAGAGUUACAAUGCACGGACAGGGAUGGAAUCGCUUAUUGUAACUCCAUGCUCCAAGGCUUCUGCCAAUCAGAGAGCUGGGAGAGCUGGUCGAGUUGCUGCUGGAAAAUGCUUUCGCCUCUACACUGCAUGGGCUUACAAGAAUGAGAUGGAAGAAACAACAGUCCCAGAAAUCCAGCGAACAAACCUAGGGAAUGUGGUUCUGCUACUGAAGAGCUUAGGUAUCAAUGAUCUGAUUCACUUUGAUUUCAUGGAUCCUCCUCCACAUGAGACUCUUGUACUAGCACUGGAACAGCUCUAUGCAUUGGGAGCACUCAACCAUCUCGGAGAGCUAACCAAGCUUGGACGUCGCAUGGCUGAACUUCCUGUAGACCCGAUGCUGUCUAAAAUGAUUCUGGCUUCUGAACACUUUAAAUGCUCAGAGCAGAUCCUCUCCAUUGCUGCAAUGCUGUCUGUCAACAAUGCAAUUUUUUACCGACCUAAGGACAAAGUGGUGCAUGCAGACAAUGCCAGAAUGAACUUCUUUGUACCAGGUGGAGACCAUUUGGUCCUUCUGAAUGUCUACACACAGUGGCUAGAAACAGAUUAUUCCACACAAUGGUGCUUUGAAAACUUUAUACAGAUUCGUUCCAUGAGGAGGGCCAGAGAUGUCAGAGAACAACUGGAGGGCCUCAUGGAGAGAAUAGAAAUUGAGAUGACAUCAACGGAUGACAAUGUCCCUAUCAGAAAGGCCAUCACUGCUGGGUUUUUCUACCACACAUCCAGACUGACCCGCAGUGGUUACAAGACUGUAAAACAUCAGCAGACAGUGUAUAUACAUCCAAACAGUUGUCUAUUUGAAGAACAACCUCGGUGGGUUAUAUACCAUGAAUUAGUCUUCACGACUAAAGAGUUUAUGAGACAGAUAAUAGAAAUUGAAAAUAACUGGCUGCUGGAGGUUGCUCCACAUUAUUACAAAUCAAAGGAGCUGGAAGACCCCAACAGUAAAAAGAUGCCAAAGAAGGUUGGAAAGACCAGAGAGGAGCUUGGCUGAUAGAUGAAGAAGAGUGUAACAUUUGCACUUUAAUGAGGCAAGAUGGACAUGCACAUUGUCAGCACUGCAAGUUGACUGUAAUCCUUCAGAGUCAGAAACAGCAAAAUGUAAGCUAGAAUUGCAGACAACAGGCACAAAUAUUCCAGUAGUUUGGGUAACACAGACUGACGGAUGUACCUGAACAUCGUAUUGUGGGUUUCUCAUUUCAGGACUUGGGGUAAUGUAUUUUAGUACAUUUUAAGUGAGGAAAGCAUUCUGGGAGUCCAGAUAAUCUGUAUAUAACAAUGUUUUUCCUGGAUAUGUACAGUGUUUGUGAAUGUA